CGGGCUCGCCGCGUGCGCCUUGCUCACUGUUGCUGCCGCGGUGGCUGAAUCAAGGUUAACGUCCGCGAACGCCACGGCUUCCACACCUGCCUCUGCAAACGCCAUUCCUGUAUCGCGGCCGAUGCCACUACCUGGAUAUCGAUACAAGGUUAAUGUCAGGCUCGUGGGAUGAACCCAAUACCGUGCAAGCGCAAGUGAUACUCACCGGCGCCAAUAAUCAAAGCGAAACCACCCAGCAUCUUGGUCAUGGUAAAGAAACAAUGGACCCAAUGAACCCUUGCGUAGCUGACGAUGUCCAACGAAGUGAGUAUCUGCUCAAUCUCAAGGACGUUGGUGUCUCGCUUUAUAGCACGCACUUGCAUACAUACGCGUGGACCUUUCUCGAUUACACACCUCAGCGGUCAUUCCAUGCGCAUGUGCAAUGGACCGAGGACCUCUGGCAUACCAGACACUCAAACGACAGGCUAAUUGCCGCGAUGAUUGGCCCCAUAGUUCCCUUGUUGUUUCAACUAGUCUCCACGUUAGUACAGGCGCCUCAGCAUCGUGGGCUAUACACGUUUACGCGGUACCUGAUCCUAAUCUGAUUUUGACCCACCAAAUCCUUCGGACUCCGUGAUAAC